AUGACCCAGGGUGGUCCUGCCAGGCACUUGUGGUCUGGCGCUGAAGGCAAUGCCCACAUGGUGCAGGUGGAGGCAGCGCCGUCUCACACGGUGCAAGGGCACGGAAGUCACCAGGAGUGGGAAACGGUGCUGGAGACCACAACCUAUCGUCGGGCCAUCCCCCCCUCCCGCUAUGACCUCCUGGUUUCAGCUCCAAGACCGUCCCCUUUGAGGUUUUUCAGCUUCCAUCUCCAGCUGCUCCAGUCUCUUUCCUACAACCGCACCAAGACUCUGGGGGUGCAAGUCGCUUCGUUGCCAGAACUGGGUGAAAACAACUCGAAAAACAUAUUUCUUUCACCCAUGAGCAUCUUCUCUGCUCUGGCCACGGUCUUCAUGGGUGCAAAGGGGAACACAGCUGCCCAGAUGUCCCAUGUAAUGAAAGCCAUUUCAAGGCAACAAAGUCCACUCUCUUUUAAAGAUUCCUGCUGCACAUUCUACCACGCAGAGAUGGAAGAGCUUGACUUUGCUAACGCUACAGAGGAGUCUAGAAACCACAUAAACACCUGUUGCAUAAAGAAAGGUAAAAUUACAGAGGUGCUGUAUUCUGGUUUAGCUGAUUCGAUGACUAAGCUGAUUCUUGUCAAUGCCAUCUAUUUCAAAGGAAAUUGGCACAAGCAGCUUAACAAAGAGCCUACCAAGGAAGGCCCUUUAAAAUCAGCAAGGAAUGAAUUUGGGUCAUUCCAGCAGCCCAAGAACCACAACCAGCGGAGGUACUUGACAAGGACUGAAGAGACACCUGUGCAGAUGAUGUUUAAGGAAUCUACAUUUAAACUGACUUACGUAAAAGAAAUAUGCACACAAAUUCUGGUGCUUCCUUAUAUUGGAAAGGAGUUGGAUAUGAUUAUCAUGCUUCCAGAUGAAAAUGCCGAUUUUAAAACGUUUUUUUUUUUUUUUCCUAAAUUUAAAUUGGAAGAAAACUAUGACAUGGAGAAUGUCCUUACAAGUUUGGGCAUGGCUGAUGCCUUUGACAGGGCCAGGGCAGACUUCUCUGGAAUGUCAUCUAAGUGAGAACUGUUUUUGUCCAAGGUUGUGCACAAAGCUUUUGUGGAGGUCAAUGAAGAAGGCACAGAAGCAGCAGGUGCCACUGGUGCCAUCGUGAUAGCAUUCUGUGCAAGAACCACUCCAAGGUGCUGUGCUAACCACCCCUUCCUUUUCUUUGUCCAGUACACCAAGGCCAACAGCAUUCUGUUCUGUGGCAGAUUCUGCUCUCCAUAGGAAAUGGUAGUCACUGGAUAUAGAGUGCCCUUCUCCUUUCUCCUACUGAUGUAUUUUUCUUCUGCCACUUAAUGCUGUGCCUACAACCCAGUGACCUUAUUAGUGCAGAGCAAACAAUUCAGAAAUUAAGGGCCUAAUUUUUAAUUCUGUAUUCAGAACUCCUGUGUGUUUGCAUGGUAAGUGGUUUUCUAGGAUCCGCAAUUGACAUUCACUGAGGUCUUGUGGUCCCUCUGGCAGUGGCAGCAGUAGCUACUUAAAACCAUUCUGCUAGCUUGUGGAAUUAUUCAAACAAACCAAGCCCAUCCUUUCAUGGGAAACAGGGGCACCUCACCCUCUUGUUACUACAAAGCCUACCUCCCACAGCCUCUGCUGGUUCACUCUGCUGCUAAGUGCCUCCCUGUGUAGCCCUGCCUGGCAUAUGGUGUCCCCCUCUCCGAGGCUGUGAGUAUAUGUGACUAAUAAACUGCCAGUGUUGGGUCUUGUAUGCGUAGCCAUUUCAUAUUAUUUAGGUCAGAUUAUCCCAGCUUCAGCAUCAAGGUGAAUAGGAGCGGAUCAGAGCACAAGCUUCCUGCUCUCAGAGGCUCUUUUGAUCUCAUUGAGUUACCUUUCUUUAGCCGUCUGACAAAUUGCCAUUGAAGAAUUAUCACUCAGUAUUAUAUUACA